AUGGAAGGAGGAGCAGGAGGAGCCAGCUCUGCCGCGGGUGGUGGCCAGGGGAGCGACAUCGAGGACAAGCGCGAGCGGAAGGCCGCCAGAAAGCAGCGCCGGUCGCACGACACCAAGAAGCACAAGCAGACCACGCCCACCGGUACUAAGCACUCGAUUACGGUCACCUCCAGCAGCAAGCGACCGCUCCGCACCAGCAGCCGCGACGACGUGUCGCUCCAGCGUCGACGCAACAGCGAAACCAGCAACAGCUCCGACUCAGAGGGAACGACACCGAAGAGCCGCGGGCGCAGGUCUGAAUCCCAGACGUCCGACUCCGAGUCGGAAUCGACGUCGUCGGAUGGCGAACGCGGUCACCGACGGGCGCGCCGACGCAAGGGCACGCACAGCGCGCAGGCCGAGUCUCGGUCGAGGUCCGCCUCGCGCGGCAGCUCGCAGGAGCGCAAGGGCGACAACACCAUCCGACGACCACCCUCGCGUCAGUCGCGCUUGGCCUCUUCUUCCGGUUCCAGCGAAGGAACUCCCGACACGGGGCUAACGUCGCCCAAGGGCGAGGAGAUCGGUCGAAUGCAUAAGGAGAUCGAGACGCUGAAGAACCUCACUAAGAUCCUCGAGGAGAAGCUCGAGAUCCUCGAGCACAUACCCGACGACGCCCCGGACAGCGGCUCGGCCUACUCUGCGCAUCUCUCGCCGUCGGGCCACCACGGCACCCACGGCCGCAAGUCGCUCACCGGCAGCACCGCCAGCGGUGGCAGCAACAAGCUGUCCGACUCAAGCGACGGCGGCGAGUCCCACGCCACGCCGCCUCCACGCCGCUGCCCUGUGAGCCGCUCGACGGCCGACUUCACCAAGCACGGCCGCACGCAGAUGGAGAAGGCCGCGAAGCGACAACGCCGCGCUGCCCACCGCAAGCACAUCCGUAGCCAGGGCGGAAGCGACAGCGACGCGACUAACGAGAACGGCGGCGACAGCAGCAGCGGGACCGACGACGAGGCCUCGUCGUCGGUGAGUGGCGAGUCGCGAAAGCUGCGCAAAUCGAUCUCGCUGACGGAACUCAGAGGCAUGCCCAGCCAGCAGCGCAGCGGCGGCGGCGAGAGCGAGGUGGGCAAGAUCAAGAAGGAGCGCGACCACGAGAACAAGCUCAUGAACCAGCGCGCGGUGCGGGAACGAGCUCGCGGCCAGCGCGAGCACGAGCGACAGCGGGUGGGCGGCGGGUCGGUGCCCUACGUGUCCCCGUUCGGCAACUCACCCACGACCAAGUCGCUCGAGUACUGCUACUCGUGUCUCAUGAAGACCGACAUCUCGUCCGACGGCGACCGCAAGCUGUGGAAGCGACGCGUGCUCGGCUUUGGCUCAAAUGGAAUGAAUUUGAUCAAGCCGUACACGGAGAAGGUGGAGCAGGUGUGGGCGUGGCCCACCAUCCAGCAGUGGAUCAUCAACGACGAGCAGAACCUGAUCAAGUUCAUGAUCGAGGAGGACGCCAAGCACCACCACCACAGCCGCAGCAGCGACUCAGAGCACUCGUCGAGCGACAGCGAGCAGGACGACGCCGCUGCCGCCGCCGGUGGUGCCGCCGGCGCCAAGAGCAAGAUCGCGAUCUACACGUUCCGCGUAGACGACGUCAACAAGGUCAACGACGCGCUGUGGAAGGUGGUCAAGCGGGUGCAGAAGAAGCGGCGCGGGUUGGAGCGCCUGGGCGGCGGCAGCGGCACGCGGAGCCGAUCGUCGACGCAGAGCAGCGCGCGCAACAGCGACAACGAAAGCGACAGCGACGCGGGGUCGGCGGACGACGAUCAUCAUCAUCAUCACGACCACCACAAGGACGGGCACCAUCAUCAUCACUUCAAGGAGUCGAUGACGUCGCUGUUCAAGGCCCUCACGCACUCGCUCAGCGGCCACGGGCACGGCCACGGCAAGGAGAAGGAGAGGGAGCAUCGAGACAAGGAGCACCGGGACAAAGACAACAAGGAGCGAAAAUGA